CUCGAAGCAACUACUUGUUGAAUUAGUGCGCGAUUCAUUGUAUAUAUAGAAAAGUCCACAAAAACGACUCGUUACGUUCAACCCGAUAGCAUUUGAUAAGGGCGAUAUGACAACCAAGUCGGAUUAUCAACAAACAUACAGUGCAUACGGGGAAGAAACCAGGCAACAACAAUACAGUCCCGCCUCACAAAAUGACGGGGCGGAGCCUUCGCCCCAUUCGAGAGCCGCCACUCCCAUGGAAUGCCUCGCGUAUACGGAGGUGGAACCCGAUAAUUAUCAGGCUCUCGUCCGAACAGACGGAAGGUAUAUGCCGUUCACUUUAGAGGUUCCGUUAGAAGCCAAUGGCAACGAUUAUCUGCAGCUCGGACCGACGACCAUCGCCAAUGGUUCCCCACCACAAGAUAGCGGAAGUCCAAGUCCUGGUUCACCAAGAGUUUACACUCUUUCCACGAUACAUACCGGGGAUGAUCAACAAUCAGUAAUCGAAGGAUCUCAAUUAACUCAACUCACCAGUCACAUAAGUUAUACGGGAGUCGGAAUGAACUCUCCUAGUGGAGGAAAUAUCUCUAGCCCCUUGUAUUCGAGAGGAACGGGUGCUUAUACCACAAGUACCAUGCCAUAUUAUAACAGUUCCCCGGAACUUACCCCCCAAUCAUCACAAUUAUGGGCCAAUAAUGGAGUCAACACAACCGGAACGUUGUCUCUACCAGAAGACUACCCAAAAGUAACAUCUUCUUCGACUUCGUUACCAGGUUUCAGUAGACUACCAACGACCUUCACCAACAAUCACAGCCACCAUCGCAGCAAUACCUACUUACCCAACGCCAUCUAUGGCGAUUGGCCGGGUUACGCCACCGACCAAUACAAUCUCAAUUCGACCAAUCAAAGAACUCGACCGAUCUCGGCUGCGGCAUCGUUAUCUGCAAUCGAUCCACGCACCGCCGAAUUCUUCACCGAAGGUAGGGAAUGCGUGAAUUGCGGCGCAAUAGACACACCGUUAUGGCGCAGAGACGGAACCGGCCAUUAUCUGUGCAACGCUUGCGGUUUAUAUCACAAGAUGAACGGAAUGAAUCGACCUCUGGUCAAGCAGCCUCGCAGAUUGUCGGCGUCUCGUCGAGCGGGUCUCACUUGCACCAACUGCCACACGAGUACGACUUCCCUUUGGAGGAGGAACGCAUUGGGGGAACCGGUUUGCAACGCCUGCGGCCUCUAUUUCAAAUUACAUUCCGUAAAUCGACCUCUAUCGAUGAAAAAAGACAGCAUACAAACGAGGAAGCGGAAACCGAAAGGUAGCAAAGAAUCCGGUUCCGGAGGCGGCGGCGGUAGCGCACACAUACCGAGAAAUCCCGCUAUAAAAAUGGAGGAGGUCGGCGUGAAAUUGGAACAUUGUUCGAUCGAAAACUACGGGGGCGUCGCGUCGAUGGCUCAACUCCAACAUUCGACUAGUUACUCGUAUUCUCAACAACAACAACAACAACAACAACGGUUGAGUCCGACGUAUAGUUCGGCGGCGGUGACGGCGGCGCAGACGCAUUAUUACGACGCCAUACUUCAACAGCAGCCGAGUCCGGGGCAGGCGUCCGACGAAUCCGACAGUUCCACAAACAACAACAACAAUAACAACAAAGCUUUGAUAAACGGCGGCGAACACGGCGUCGAUAGACCGACGGUCGUUUCGUCGUUGUCGUCGUAAAUUUCUUUUCUUUUUUUGUAUAUAAAAUUUGUUUUUCUUUUGUUUUUUUUUGUACAUAUAAAUAUAGAUACAUUCAUA